AUCCACCACUUCACAUGCAAAAUGAAUAAACGAUGGUGCAUGUAACAUGUAACACAAGAACCCCAACAUGUUUUUACCAUUUUACCCUCUCAAACCCUUAUAAAUGCACCAUUUCUCAACCUCACAAAACACCAUUAAUAACUCUUACAAGCAUAAACCAUUUCAUUCCUCUCAUAAUACCACCCUCCAAUGGCAACAUCCACUUCCCAUUUUGUGUAUUUUGCUAUUGUCGUUUGUUCAUUAGCUACAAUCUUCGGUAACAAUAACUCUGUCGCAGCUCAAUGCCAAGGUGAUGUGCAAGGGCUCAUGGAGCAAUGUGCUAGAUAUGUACAAAAAUCUGGCCCAAAGAUUCAACCAUCUGGUGGUUGUUGUGGUGUUGUGAAGAACGUAGAUUUGUCAUGCGUUUGCAACCAUAUCACAGUUGAAGUUGAGAGUGUUAUCAGCAUGGAGAAGGCUGCAUUCAUUGCUGAAGCUUGUGGAAAACCACUCGCCCAUGGAUCCCAGUGUGGAAGUUAUAUUGUGCCAUGAAGAUUGAAGUAGAAAAGGUGGUGGCAUACAUCAUGCAUGGUGGAAGAGUUUGAAUGUUGGAGACGUAAUAGUGUUUAAGCUGGUUGCUUUUUGUACCAAAUAAAUAAAGUUAUUAUAAUUAUAUGGUGCAAUUUUAAUAAGGCGUCUCCUACCUUAUAUUCUAAUUCGUAUGGUAAAUUUAUAGAUUGAAACAAUCGAUGGGAAAAAAAUUCGUCAUAAUAGUUAUAGAUCAAAACAAUCGAUGACAAAAAAUAUGGUGGAACAUGCCAUGUAGUAUAUCGUUG